AUGGCGAAGACUAAAGUUGUUGUAACGCGACAAUUGAUUGACGAAGCGCAAAGAUUACUCGAUGCAAAGAAGGAGGACUUGGAAGUUGUGCAAUGGCAAUCUGAGAAGCCAUGCCCCCGCUCCUGGCUGCUCGAGAACGCCAAAGGUGCAAGCGGAAUCCUAGUUAUGCUCACAGAUAAAGUCGACGAAGAGCUUUUGGAAACGGCUGGAUCACAACUCAAGGCCAUCGCUUCAUUCUCGGUCGGUACUGAUCAUGUUGAUCGAAAUGCCCUCAAGAAACGCAAUGUACGCCUCGGCUAUACACCAACAUGUCUCACCGAUGCCGUAGCGGACCUCAUCAUCAUGCUCAUACUCAUGGCUCAGAGAAGAGGUGGAGAGUCCAUGUCAAAAGUCGCCAAGGGUGAAUGGCCUCAGAUGCCGUGGCAUCCUCUGCUUAUGACUGGCCCCCAAAUCCGUGGAUCGACUAUCGGUUUCUUGGGAUUUGGACGGAUUGCUCAGGCUUCUCUGCAAAGACUACUUCCAUUCGGUAUUAAAAGAGUUGUCUACCUUACGUCCAAGCCUGGAAAGCCCGUAAAGGAAGACCACUUCGGCCUGAUCCAGAACGCUACUAUUCCUAUUGAGCCAGCGAGCAGCACCGACCAACUCGCAAAAGAGAGCGAUGUAGUCGUUGUCGGAUGUGCCCUCACACCAGAAACGAAACAUCUCGUAAGCACAGAUUUCUUCGCCAAGAUGAAGAAGCUUGCUGUCAUCGUCAACAUCGCGCGAGGUCCCAUCAUUGACACUGAUGCCCUGGUCAAGGCGCUGGACCAAGAGCAGAUAUUUGGUGCUGGUUUGGAUGUGAUUGAGAACGAACCGAACAUCACAGCUGAUCAUCCCAUCCUGAAGCAGCCGAGAGCUGUUCUCGUCCCGCAUAUUGGGAGCGCCACAAUCGAAACGAGGGAGCAGAUGGCCACUGAAAGUGUAAAGAACUUGCUUGCAGGAUUGAUGGGAGAGCAAAUGAUCAAUGAGCUAGAGCUCUAG